GCCAAAUUUAGUGUGAGGAUCUUGAUAUCGCUUAUUUCGAGGUGUUGCUAAUUACUAGUAGCCGUAGCUGCUAUGCCUACUAUACGGUACCCGCUAUACGUUACGGCGCGAGCCCAUAAGCUUAUUCAAUACGAGAUUGCGAAUAGUAUAGUAGUUGUCGUUAUAAGUAGCACUACCUAUGUCCUUAACUAGCUUAUUAUAUAGAUCAACGGUAUUGCGCUUAACCUUAAUGUGCAGUGUGUAUCUAAUGUCCUCUAUUUUACCAGUUAUUACACCCUCUACUAGCUCCUCCUCCUCCACCGGCGGCGACGACGGCACUAACAGCUGUUUCUACUUCUUCUGCUGCUACUUCUGCUUCUGCUACUGUUUCUGCUUCUUCUUCUUCUUUAUAGGACAAGGUAUAGGCGGCUGGGAGCCUUCGAAGGGCGUAGGCAUACUGCGCUUGCGCCUACUGGCACGCUGAGAUAUCGCUAACACCUCAGAAAGUGCUAUAAUACGACUUCUCACACAAAUAAUGGCUUCACACUCCGAAUUAGGCAAUCGACGACGAGCUG